GGGAGAGAGAGAGAGAGACACACGGAGCUGUGAAACCGGUGCCGGAGAUGUCGACGGAGAGGAAUCCCUGAAGCCGCCGCGCCGCUGCCCAGGAAAUACGGACAAAUGUUGUUUUCCGCGCCGUGCGCGUCUCUCCUCGCACACCGAGGAGGCUGCAGGGGAACCGGGACGCCGUGUGGGCGACGCUGCCACGGGGGAUGCGUUGUGAUUUCGCCGAGAUGUUUUAGCCACCGUUGCAUUUAUUAAAAUAAGAAGGAAAAAAAAACAAGCCCGUCACACGAGGGAUCGGAAACCAAAGGGAUCUAAUAAGACGUCACCACCUGUUACCAGAAAAUCAGCCUCCCGCGGCCCGGCCAGGAGAGGUGACAGCGGCGCUCUCCCGAGUCUCUGCCACUGCCACGAUCCGGGGAGGCCCUCCGCUCGAUGGCUGGAUCUCACCGCACGAAGCACCGGGGGCCCUUCUACUGAGCAUCCCUCACUGCGUAGUAGCACAUGGAUUUCAAGACUUCAAAUGAAGAGACAAAGACUGGGAUUUAUUUGAUGCAAGAAGGUAACGAGGAGCCGUUCAAUAUUCGACUGCACUUGGCCAGAGAUAUUCUGACCAUUCAAGAGCAAGACGUCAUCUGCGUGUCAGGAGAGCCUUUUUACUCCAGCGAGAGGACUGUAACCAUCAGGAGGCAGACAAUCGGAGGCUUUGGCCUGAGCAUCAAGGGUGGAGCGGAGCAUAAAAUACCCGUUGUGAUAUCAAAGAUAUCAAAAGAACAAAAAGCUGAACUCUCUGGGCUGCUUUUCAUCGGAGACGGCAUCCUUCAGAUAAACGGAAUAAACGUUAGAAGUUAUCGCCACGAGGAAGUGGUGCAGGUUUUGAGAAAUGCCGGCGAAGAAGUGACUCUUACCGUCUCUUUCCUAAAGAAGACUCCGGCCUUCCUGAAACUGCCCCUGUGUGAAGAUUGCACAUGCGUCCCCAGCGACCAGAGUAGUGGGACCUCCUCUCCUCUGUGCGACAGCGGCCUGCACUUGAACUACCACCCCAACAACACGGACACGCUGUCCUGCUCGUCGUGGCCCGCGUGCCCGGGGCUCCGCUGGGAGAAGAGAUGGGUGGACCUGCGCCUCAUUCCGCUGCUUCACUCGCGCCUGUCGCAGUACAACCCGGGCUCUGACGUCUGCAGGAAAAACGCUUUCCAGGUAAUCGCCGUGGACGGAGUCUGCAGCGGCGUGCUGCAGUUCCUCACAGCGGACGACUGCCUGGACUGGCUGCAGGCCCUGGCGAGCAACAUUUCCAGUCUCACCAAGCACAAUGUGAAGAAGAUUAACCGAAAUUUUCCAGUUAACCAGCAGAUCAUCUACAUGGGUUGGGUGGACGAGAAGGAGCAGGACUCCGUCCAGGACCGGAUGUAUUCACCAAAGUUCCUCGCCCUGCGGGGCUCCUCCCUCUUUAAGUUUUCGGCGCCUCCCGUGACCACGUGGGACUGGACCAGAGCAGAGAAAAGCUUUACUGUGUACGAAAUAAUGUGCAAGAUCUUAAAGGACAACGACCUUCUGGACAAGAGGAAGCACUGCUUCGGCGUCCAGACGGAGAGCGGCGAGGACCUGUUCUUCAGCGUGGAGCUGGAGUGCGAGCUGCUGAUCUGGGAAAAGGCUUUUCAGAUGGCCACCUUCCUGGAGGUGGAGAGGAUACAGUGUAAGACGUACGCCUGCAUCAUGGAGAGCCACCUCAUGGGACUAACCGUCGACUUCGGCGCGGGCUUUGUGUGCUUUGACGCCGCUUCAAAGGCCGUCCUGUGGAGAUACAAGUUCUCUCAACUUAAAGGAUCAUCCGACGACGGAAAAAGCAAGAUCAAGUUUUUGUUCCAAAAUCAAGACUCCAAAUCCAUUGAAGCGAAGGAGCUGGAGUUCUCAAACCUCUUCGCCGUGCUUCAUUGUAUUCACGCUUUUUUCGCCGCCAAAGUCGCUUGCCUGGACCCGAUUUUCGUGGAGAGCCAAGGCAACGCGACCCCCGCCGGCUUCCCGUCCCUCUGCAGCAUCUCGUGUAACUCACAGACGCCGAAGCUGAAAUACGCCACCUGACAGGCGCUUUGUGACAAUGUCCUCAAGGGGCCUCUUCGACAGCCGUGAACAUGACGCGCGUCACAAAGAGGACUCGAAAUGUGCGAUUCUUUUAUGUUUUUAGGUGAAAUUGUCCAUUUGAUCCUCAGACGUCCUGGAGAUCAACGCGCAGUUCUUUUCCCACAGUAGCCUGUUUUUCUACGUCCUUCUAAGGUUUGUCAGUAGAUCACCUGAACUUGUGUGUGGACACGGAUACGAUUAUGCCUUCUGUACUUCAUUUCAAUCUAACCCACAUUUAUACUUGAAUUAGCAGUAGAACUUAAUAUCCACUCGAGUGUCACCAGAGUCCAACCGAGAGCUGAGCGGCAACAUGAAGCUAAUCCAGAAUGUUGGAUAAACUACGCGGAUGUGUGCUGGUUGGGUGAGAUGAGCGUUUUUAGAUGACCUUGUUUCGCUUUUGUCUUCUGUGUGAAAGCCUAGUUUUUGUUGUAUUGAUGCAAAAGUGACGGACCACACAACUAUAAUCUGACAACGCAACCCUAAAUGUGAUCAUAAAAGUCCUUUUAUAACGUUUACAGCAUUUUCUCCCCAACACUCGGUUAUGUAAAUAAACGCUGACAUUCAUAUGAACUAAGAGAAGUAUAAAUAAUGGCGAUUACUGGAGGGAUUACGUCGAGGGAUUAUGGCAUUUGUUAAUUUGAUGUGCACCAGAGACGACGCCGCGCUCUCCUCAUCAUCUUCUCAAUCGACCCAGAGAAUCAAAGCCGCGACGGCGUCUUUUGGAGUAUUUUUAUUUUCACGUCACGCUUGUAAAUAUGAGAACCUUUUUUUUGUUGAGAGUGGAGAGAACAGAGGUGUGUAGCGUCGGGGGCCUCAAAGGGGUUCAUCAACGCAGCGCCGGGGGGGGCGGCUACAAACCUUCACACGCCGAAAGAGUUCAGGUCGAUUAGCGCAAUUGCUCGUGCUCCCGCCUCCCGCUUGCAGGACGGACUGUGCACAGAAGCGGCCCUCGGGCGAGUGAACGGGGUCAGUGAAGUGCGCCGCUGAGUAAAGCCGGUGAAUCCUAUGCAAGAAACUCUGAGUGAUGCGUUUGUGCUUGAAAAUGAUCUCAGUUGCAUCCCUUUAUAUGGAAGGAUCCAGAGAGGGAGGUUUAUUUCAGUUUCCUUUUUUUUUGCAGAUGUUUUAUUAACAAAUAUUCUGUGUGAUAAAUGAAUAAAUAAGACAUUUUAUAUCAUG